GUGGCACUCCAGUGGUGGCUGUGAUUGGGUAAACGCACAUCCAUAAUGUUUUGAUCGCAUCCUUGGCACUGUGGGUGCCUCUGUUGGGAGAAGACGUAACGCUGGCUCGGUUGACGUAGUGGUGGCUGACUGUGGUGCUCUUGCAAUGAUCACCACAUCAAUUUAUCUUGGCGAUUACAAGUAGCCACCCCGAGUUGCUAUGAAGGCGGGGGCCUCCUCCAUGUGGGCAUCAUGCUGUGGUCUGCUGAAUGAGGUGAUGGGCACGGGUGCGGUGCGCGGGCAGCAGACGGGGUUCGGGACGGGCGCGGGGCCCUUCCGCUUCGCCCCCAGCGCCGGCUACUCCACCUACCCCCCCGCCAGCUCAGGGAGCCCCAGCCUGGUCUGCAAGGCCUGCGGGCAGGCUUUCUCCGUCUUCAGAAGGAAGUACAUGUGUUGCGACUGCAAGAAGAGCUUCUGCUCGUUGUGCUCAGUGCUGCAGGAGAACCUGCGUCGGUGCGCCACCUGCGACCUGCUGCGUGCCACAGCCUUCCAGCGGCCGCUGCUCAUGCGCCUGCGCGUCAAGGACCUGCGCCAGUACCUCAUGCUGCGCAACAUCCCCACCGACACCUGCCGCGAGAAGGAGGACCUGGUGGACCUGGUGCUGUGCCACCAGGGCGCUGAGAGUGACGACGAGCGAGAUCAUCGGCACGAGGAGGAGGAGGAAGAGGAGGAGGAAGAGGAGCCCGACACGCCCACGCUGCAGACGCGGCCGCUCUACGAGCCGCCUCCCACGCCACCACAGCAGCAGCGCCCGCCCACGCCACCUCUGCUGCCACCACCCACGCUGCCCCCUGCUGUCCUGGAGCCUGUGUCUCCCCCUUCACCCGCACCCGCACCCGCACCCGCAUCACUUCCUCCUCCUCUUCCUCUUCCUCUUCCCCUUCCUGUUCCUGCCCUUGCACCGGCUCUCAUCACCCCCAUACCUGUACCACCCACCACCACCUCCUCCUCCUCCUCCUCCUCGCAGAUCGCCCCUCUCAACCCCCCCACUCAGGGAGGAGAAGCCAUCAGCAGGAGCAACAGCUCAGGGUCCACCAAUCAGGACUUAGGCGAUGCCACCUCGCUGUCUCUCCUCAACCUGGAUCCCUGUGACCACACCCCUGAGGUGAGUCCGCAGACACGCCGGCGUGCGCGGGCCUCCCUGUCGGACCUGUCGUCUCUGGAGGAUGUGGAGCGUCUGACGGUGCGGCAGCUGAAGGAGAUCCUGGUGCGCAACUUCGUCAGCUUCUCAGGCUGCUGCGAGAAAUGGGAGCUGGUGGAGCGCGUGCGGAGGCUCUACCGCGAAAACGAGGAAAACCGCAAGUCCAUGGAAAAUGUGAACCAUGCCAUCACUGCUGUGGUUGCCUAUCCCCCGCCAAUCUGCAAUGGUGGAAUCGGAGAUGGCGGGCCGGGUCAGCUGGUCACUGACGAGAACCUGUGUCGGAUCUGCAUGGACGCCGUCAUCGACUGCGUGCUCCUGGAGUGCGGUCACAUGGUCACCUGCACCAAGUGCGGCAAGCGCAUGAGCGAGUGCCCCAUCUGCAGGCAGUUUGUGGUGCGUGCCGUGCACGUCUUCAAGUCCUAAUCCCCACCCCACCCCACCCCACGCCUGCAGGACCAGGACUGCACAGGACUGGACUGGGGGAGAAAUGGGGCCCGGGCACGUUUAGCUUAAAGGGGCCCUUCAUAAUUAGUGGCGCAGAACUGACUCACCGGUGGGCCUGCACCCUCGUGGGCCCCUAUUUUCAGAAAUGUAUAUAUUUACAUUUCUGAAAAUUGGGGCCCACGAGGGUGCAGAGCCCACCAGGGUGCAGGGCCCACCGGGAAAUGCCCGGUAUGCCAGAUGGCCAGUCCAGCCCUCACCCCUGCAGGACCAGGAGGACCUGCUGCUGACUGCUUGGGUGGGGUGGGGGGAACAGGGACGACAACGUCAAAAAUGCAACAAUAACAGCAGCAACAACAACAACAACACUACAAGUGCAAGACUUAACAUAACAUAAAACAGAGACACAUUAGGCCACACCACUACAUGCACAUUAUGCUAAAUGUCUGCAACAUUGACUCGGUGGACGCAUGAGAGGGUCCUGAUGCAUCGGACGCUCUUGAGGGCCUGCAUGGAUCCGGUGAAGCGGAUGAGUUUCACUUAUCUUCCUAAAAAAAGAUCCCUGAGAAGUUCUAGUCGGGGACUGCAGCGUAUGGAAAUGGGUUAUUUGAUGAUGGGGACCAGCCAUAUCCGUGCAUACUUGCUGGCACGCAUCCACAGUUUGUAGUUUGCCAGCUGAGUGGUAUGAUAUGAACCUUCGAAAUAUAUAUCGAUGACGUUGUCCUCUACACCCACCCCAGGCCAAACACUGGGGGAAUGUUCAAGAGGAUAUCUGCCUUGAAGGGGGAAGAUGUGUGCGUGCGUGCGUGCGUGCGUGUGUUCGUGCGUGUGUUCGUGCGUGUGUGUGUGUGCGUGUGUGUGUGCGUUUGUGUGUGUUUUAUCGAUGGCCUCGCAUGAAUAACACUGUGUAAUCUCUGCUAACGGUGGGGCUAGAUGUGACGUCACAUGUGUCUCUUGCUCUUGUCGUGUUUGUGUCCAUGAAACAACGGGCAUGCAACACGUAACGUGAUUGAUUCAGGUACUCCGGUUGGUUUCAAGGAUGUCCAUGCCUUGUUUUUAUGUGAGUUUUAGAUCCUCUUUGGUGUUGCGCUCUGCUUUACUUGUUUGUUUUAUUUGUUGUCUUUGUUUUGUUUUUCCUGAAUUCAUCUGUCUUUCGGCUGUCUGAGUUCAAAUGUGCUGGUAGAAAACACCUUUUCAUCUACGUAGGAUAGACAAUGUGUAGCCUGUUGUAUCAAUGCACAACAGUGUGGCUCUAGAUCUUUCCGUAGUUGAAGAUCAGCGAUCUAAGAUUUGCAGGAAUUGCUAUUCAAGGACUUGAAAUCACGACUUGACCCAAUUGGCUGCAGAAGAACAAAAAGUGGGAAAAAAGGAAAUUUGUGCCAAAUGUGUGUGUAUGUGUGUGUGUGUGUGUGUGUGUGUGUGUGUGUGUGUAGGUAUCUGUGUAUAUGUUUGUGUGUGUACAGUAUGUGUGUUGGAAAAGUCAUCAUAUAACAUCAUCCUUGUCCAGCAUGCCUCCCAGCAGUAAUGGCCAUGCCAACUAUCUGACCAUUCGCCUUUUUCGUUGUGACAUUCAGGGCUCUAAAUCAACACCAGCCAACUGGCCAAAUGCUGGUGCAAUAUAAGUUUGGAUGGUAGAAAAGACCAUAACUAGUCACUUUGACCCAUCAGUGAAUGCGUCUUUGGCUAGUAAGAUUAACAUCUUCAAGCCAUUUUGGCUAGUGACGAAAAAAGUUAAUGUCCCUGGUGACAUUUGUUUUGAAGUGAAUCUGUUACCAGUAGGCUAUAUACGUACGACUACCGGUCACAGGCAGAAAACAUUGGAGAAUAUGCCUAUGCCACCGGAUGCAACUUAUAUCUGCUUCAAAUGCAUUGAAUCGAGGGUGUCCAAUCAAUGUUACGUGUUAAAGGGCGGUUGCCACCAAUCCCUGUUGUCCAGUCCAAUUACUGGUGCUAAUUUUCAAACGCGCUGUGUACACAGCAGCAACAUUGUUUCCUGUCACUAAAAUCGUUUGUUGGAUGUGUAUGUUUAGGUCUGCCCAAGUCUGGGUAAUCAUCAUGAUUUCUUAAAAAGAAGUUCCAUGCACUCAGGCUUGCCGACAGGGGGGGACAAAGGGGUAUGUUGUCCCGGGCCCAGGGAGAUUGGGGGCCCAGACUUGGAUCCCAUUUACAUUGUAUGUAUUGGGUAGGGGGGCCAGCAAAAGCUGUCAGCGGCCCUGCAUGCACUAAUGUUUGGCUUAUGAAGACUCAACCCCAACAUGAACACAAGGAUGUUAGGAUUCCAUAUUUUAAUCAGUUGCAUUUCAAAACGUUUAAGACAUGAUGAUGGCCAUGUAUGUGUGGUGGACACAAAAGGCAACUAUCAAAUGACUUGCCACCCUCUCCACUCUAGACAUCUGUAAGCUGAAACCCAGAGUGGCAGAUUGCUAUCCCAAUUUAAUGUGAUUACGUUUGUGAUCCAUUUGGCAGAAACUCUCGCUAGAGUGUGUCCAGACAGCAUGUUAUUCCAGGAAUAGCUACAUACAGUAAUUUUUUGGAGUGUCAUGUACCGGCCUUGGCUGGUUCCCAUUACAAUCAUGCCAGCAUAUCCGGGCAGGCAGGAUUGGGCAGGUGGAUGAACAUUUGUUAUCUUUUUUUUUUUGGUCUUUUACAACUUUAUUUAUUAUAGGGCAGUUUGAGAGGUGGACAGGAAGCUAAUGGGGACCCGGGCCGGGUAUCGAACCCGGGUCGGCCGCAUGGCAGACGAGUACCCUACCGGUUGGCCACGGCAGGGCUGAGCAUUUGUUAUCUAAGGACAGAAAAACAUUGUAGAAGAGGGGACGUCUUCAAACCCUGUAUACAUACCACUUACAUACUUGAAUAAAAAUAGCCAGCUCGUUCAUGAAAGCAGUCUGUCAACAGUCAGGCGAGUGAGUGUCUUGUGAUUGGUGUGAAACACUGACCUGGAAGUCAUGCGACUUGUUCAAGGCAUUUGUGUAAGCCUUUUCAUCACGUACGGACCAUCCAGGAAGAGUAUGUGGCUCAGCUCCAUGUGUCUUCAUUCCAGAGGUCAGGGCCAGGCUGGAAAGCUGCCUGCUACUCUUGUCCUGAUCAAGUGCAUCACAACACAGCCAUUUUGUCAAUGAAGUAGACAGAACGAGCAGGAGCAAUGAAUAAGCGAAGUGUGUCUGUCAGAAAAUCGUGUCUGGGUACGACUCAACUGAAGCAAACGUAUAAAUAUCGGCAGAGGUCUCAAUCCCUGGGUUCAGAAAGUGAAAACCCUGGCGCAAAUUUGAUCCAACCAGCUCAUGGAAUCAGCUGAUCAUAUUGAGCACUUGAUACCAGAGGGAAAUUGUGCCCAGGGUUUUUACUGAAUCGAAAUCUUCUCUGUAUGUGUAGACGUUAUGUAGCAUUUUGGAAGGGGUAUUUGUGAAUGGCCUAGUCUUCUCAUUCCUUCAUCACACAGAUUCCUUUAGCAGAAGUUCACAAGCCAGGACAGCAAUAUGUAGCUGUGCGUGUGCGUGCGUAAAUAGUUUCAGAUAUUUAGGCUGGAUGCAGGCUGUUGAUUGAAGGGAACAGAGGUGCUACACAGAUUGUGGUCAGGUGUGCCGUUUAAUGACUUAACCCAGCUAAGUUGACACAGAGGAAGUACAUGGCUCUUAGUACAUGGCUUUUAUCACUUUGUUGUUUUGCGCAAAACAAAGCUGAAGAGAUGUUCUAUUCAGAGAUUUACCACUUCUUUGGAGUUAACAUACCUAGGUACAUUAAUCCUGACUACUGGAAUAAUCCACAGACUCCCAAAUGUCAUGUCUUAUCAUCUCUCAUCUGUCUGUCCCUCACAGCCGCUCUAAAUCCUUAAUCUCCAGCACACCUCUUUUUCUUCCCAAAGGUAACGAAAUAAUAUAUUAUUUUAUUUUUGUCUGAUGUUUCUUAAUGUUGACUUUUGUUUCUGUUCUUUUUUUUGUUUUUUGUCUUUUUUUGUUUUGAUGCUCUUGUUCAUUUAUAUUAUCUGUGUCGAGGCACAGAACUAACAAAUCAAAGAUGUAUAUACAGGAGUCACUGCAAAUUUUCUAACCCACCCCAGCGGUGACAUAAGUGUAUUGAGAAACUUAAAAAAACAGGAAAUGAUAAUGUGGUAUGAUUGCAAAUGGUGUUCCAUAUAACAAAUAAUGAGAUGUAAAAAAAUAUAUAUAUCUAUAUUUUAAUUUUUGCUUUGAAUGUCAAAAAUAUAUGACUUGUAUUGAUUAAAGAGAAAAUAUAUAUACAGUUUUUAUUUUU